AUGUUUAGGUGGAGACAAGUGUUAUUUGCAAUUCGUAAUCCCAGAGCAGUAUUCGAAGGAUCAAAAGAACCACGAAAGCAGUUUUCUACAAGAGUUACUAUGUGUGAUAAAUUCAAGCUACCGGUGAGAUACGGUGCAGGAGAAGCGAGUGUUUGGGUAGAAUACAUUCAGCUAGCUGCAGAAUACAAACCAGCAGUGAACCUUGGACAGGGUUUUCCCGACUAUCCACCUCCUCAGCAUGUCAUCAAGUCUCUGUCGGAUAUAGCAUCACCAGAUAGUUUUUUGCUGAAUCAAUAUACUAGAGGAUAUGGCCAUCCACGACUGGUACAAAACCUAUCGAAGGUAUAUUCUCCCCUUAUUAAUCGUCAGUUAGAUCCAAUGACUGAGAUUUUGGUUACAAAUGGCGCAUAUGAAGCUUUAUAUUCUGCUAUAUUGGGUCAUGUAGACGAGGGAGAUGAAGUGAUAGUGAUAGAACCAUUUUUUGAUUGUUAUGAUUUUAUGAUCAAAUCAGCUGGUGGAGUGCCAAAGUUCAUUGCUUUGAAACCGAAACCUACAGAAUCUGAAUUGACUUCAAACAAUUGGGUGUUAGACGAGAAAGAGUUAACAUCCCUCUUUAACCCGAAAACUAAAAUGCUGAUUCUGAAUACGCCCCACAACCCCCUGGGAAAGGUUUUCAAUAGGGAGGAAUUGGAAGUUAUAGCAAACUUGUGCAAGAAACAUAAUGUUCUGUGCUUAUCGGAUGAAGUCUAUGAGUGGAUGGUCUAUGAACCCAACAAACAUAUACGGAUGGCGACCUUGCCAGACAUGUGGGAUCGCACCAUCACAAUCGGUUCAGCCGGUAAGACGUUUUCGGUGACCGGUUGGAAGAUCGGCUGGGCGUAUGGCCCACAGAAACUUAUGCGCAACUUGCAAGUUGUUCAUCAGAAUUGCGUUUACACUUGCUGUACACCCAUUCAGGAAGCAGUAGCUCGUUCAUUUGAAUUUGAAUUGGCUCGUGUCAACACUCCCGAGUGCUAUUUUAACUCCAUCAGCCGCGAACUGGUCUCGAAACGGGAUUAUUUUGUCAAAGUUUUGAGGGAGAACGGGUUUAACCCAACUGUUCCUGAUGGCGGGUACUUCAUUAUUGCUGACUGGACGAAACUGAAGAACAAAAUAGAUCUGACUUCAGAACGCGACAAGUAUCAAGAUUAUCGCUUCACGAAGAAAUUUGCGAAGGAAGCGGGUGUUCUAACAAUACCACCCUCGGCCUUCUAUUCUGAACAGCACAAGCAUUUGGGAGAAGAUUUCGCGAGGUUUUGCUUUAUUAAGAAAGACGAAAACUUAGCUCUCGCAGAGAAACUUAUGAAAGAAUGGAACGCAAAGAAAAAAUAA